AUGUGCUCUACUCUGAAGGAGGCAUACGAUAGGGCAUCAGAUCACUAUCAGGUGUAUUUGGACCAACAAGAAGUUUACGGUCGAAACAAACGAAAGGUUGAUGAUAAACAACAGAAAUUCCAGUUAGAAAAUAAGCAAGCUAACCAAGGUAGCUUUAACCCAACACAAGGAAGAGGAUGGGAAGGAAUCAAUCAGGGAAACCAUCCUGCUUGCUGGAGAUGUGGAAGGAAUCAUCCCGGAGAGAAUUGUCAAGGAAUAAGAAUUAAGUGCUACAAGUGUGGCCGCCUGGGACACAAAGCUAUGGAGUGCCGAACCCCGGUAUACAAUCUCCAAAAACCCCUGCAAAAUGCGAGCCAGGGAAGAAGAUUUAAUGGGAACACCGACAAGAUGCCCGCAGAGACAGAAAAUAAAGUGGUCAACUUCCAGUCAGGAAAUCGAGGGAGACCAACAAACGCCACAUCUGGUCCCAACUACAAAGGAAAGCAAGCAAUGGGAGAAAGCAGCACGGGGAACCAAGGCAGGAUUUACGUCAUCAAUAGUACUCAAGCUCAGGCUAGCGACGUCGUAACCGAUACCUUUCUCAUAAAUUCAGUACUUGGUUUAGUGCUAUUUGAUACGGGGGUUACCAAUUCAUUUAUGUCAUCUACGGUUGCUGAUAAACUGAAGUUAAGGCCUACUAGUAGAUUAGAUCUCAAAACUGCCUCAGGAAUAGUAGUAGCCUGUAGAGAUGGUUAG